AUGGCAGUUUUGCUCCUGUCGAAUCAACUGAUUUGCAAUUCUUCAAAGUUCAUCAAACAAAUCAACACCGAUGAUCGAAAUAUCACAUCAGCUAUAAACAUAUUCGAACAUCGAUACAAGCGAACGACUGAUUUGGGACUGAAACGUUCUUUUUUUCUCGUAUUUGCCCUCUGGUAUUUGUCGGCAACGAUUAUUACGAUUGCUAUGCCUCCUGAGCAAAUGGCGACUGAUCUCGAAGCUCAACCACGCAGUGAAAUUUGUACCGAGGAAGAAGAUACGGAGGAUGACGAUGCUUCUCUAUCACCGCCAAAUACGAAAAAGAGUAAACAACGAAGAAUUAGUCACAGCGAAAUCGAACGACGUCGUCGUGAAAAAAUGAAUCGUUAUAUCGAUGAAAUCGCUCAGUUGUUACCCAUUGAUGCCGCGAAGAAACUCGACAAACUAACCGUUCUGAAAGUUGCUGUUGAAACCAUUAAAUAUUUGAAAGGUACUACGUCGAAAGUUUUGUCUGCUGGAUUCGGUAAACAAGUUUAUUUGAAUGACGACGAACUACUUCAAUUAACAUUAGCAACUAUCGAUCAAGUUGGUACAUCGUUCUUUCUAAUUAUCGAGUGUCAAAAAGGUCGCAUUUGUUAUGCAUCAUCGUCCACGGAAUCGAUACUCGGCUAUAAAUCGACGGAACUAUGUUCUCAAACGAUAUUUGAUUUAGUCUAUCCGAAUGAUCUUGAACUCAUCAAGCAACAAUUAUUAAAUGAGAAAAAGGCAACCUCGACAAGCACCGGUGAAUCAUUGAAUGACUCGAAAACUGUUCGAUUGAUUACAACCAAACAGAACUGUCUCGAAAUCGGCAAUCGACGUUCGUUUUCAUGUCGAAUCGUUUCGAAAUUGAAACGAACAAAUCGCAAAGCAUCCACACAAUCCACAAAUAACUAUAUCACAAUCGAUUUUGUUGGUUAUAUCAAACAAUUUUCUCCAACCAAUGAGAAUCAAACCGAGAGCAAAACACGACCAGAUCGUCAGCAUUCGAAUGCAAAUCUUCUGACACCUUCCGACGUUUUUCAUGCCAUUGGAAAUGCACCUGUCUCAUGUCUUCUAACGAUGGCACAUGUUUCGAACACUCUGGACCAGUCUUCUCCGAAUUCGUCGGACAAUGUCCACGUAAUCGAUCGAAUGUUUUCAUGCAAAUUAAAUCCCGAUGGGCAAUUUACUUAUUUCGAUCAAAUAUGUUACCCGCUGUUGGGUUACACAACGCAAGAUUUAUUGGGAAUGAACUUCAGUAGUUUGAUUCAUGAAGAUGAUCGAAACAAAGUAGCAGAUAUCUGGAAUCGAGUGUGUCGAGAUCGUCAGAUAAUUACGAGUGGCAAUUAUCGUUUUCGUACGAAAAAUAAUUUAUAUAUCACGUUACAAACCGUCUUCGAACCAUUUGUUAACCCAUGGAAUGAUGAACUCGAGGUGAUUGUAACGCGGAACAAAACCAAAAUGAAAUCAGUUCGGUUGCAUAACAAUCCAAGCAGUACGCUCUUGGAAAAUCCACGCAGUGUGGAUAUCAGUUCGCCCUCAUCAAUGGAUUCCACCGAGCUCAUUCGUCAACUAUUUCCUCCAAAACUCAAUGUGAUGAUUCUCUUCACAAAUGAUAUAUUCAACAUCCUUUGA